AUGGAGCCUCGCGCUCGUGCCGCCAAAAAUGUUGGCAAGAUGAACUUUAGCCACAACGAGCUGGCUCAACUGCUAUACGCCCACGGCGACGUGAGGAAUCCGCUUCCCGAAACGAUUCGCGUUCUCGACGAGAUUGUAACCGAGUUCAUCCAAGGCAUGGCCUUCGAGGCGACGCGCGCGGCGAACUACGCGGGACGGCAAAAGGUCAAAUACGAGGACUUCGAGUUUGCGUUCCGCAAGAACGACGCCUUCCUCGGCAAGGUCCAAGAGGUCUUUGAGAAGAAGGGUGAGAUCGAGUCAGCCAAGAAGAUUUUCACAAAGGACGACGAGGCGGUGCUCAUGAAGGAUGCCGCGGACCAGGAGCACAAGAAGGAAAGGCCCGCCAACGGUACGGGGGAAGCUUCGGGCGCGGCGGACGCCGCGGUGAAGCAAGAGGAGGAGCUGGGCGAGGCCGACGACGACGCUGAUGCCGAGAGUGAGGUUGCGGGACGACCAUCAAAGAGAGUCAGACUGGAUGGGGACGGAAAGUGA